AUGGGAUCCACCGGCGAUAACAAGGUCUUCGACUACAGCGAGAAGCAUGCCUCGCCCGUUGCCUCUGCCGUCGAGCAGCCCGUGGCUGCUGGCCACGUAGGCAAGCUCCGAAGCCGCCUCCCUGGAUUCAGCCUCGCAGUGCGACAGGAGCCCAGCAGUUUUGCGGCGACGAAGAAUGCGUCGAAUGCCGAUUUCGAUCCCAUCCCUCCCUCGAAGCGAACAUGGAAUUGGGGUGCGUACGUUGCAUACUGGAUGGCAGAUGCCUGGGCAGUGUCGAACUGGGAAGUUGCUUCAUCAAUGAUCCAAAUCGGCCUGGAUUGGAGAAUGGCCAUCGGUGCCUGCGUCCUGGGCAACACAAUAAUGGGCUUGGUCAUUACCAUCAACGGACGCAUGGGCGCAACACUUCAUACCCCUUUCCCGGUCCUCGCCAGGAUGCCCUUCGGGUACUUUUUCAGUUACUUUGUAGUCCUGUCCCGAUGCGUUCUCGCCAUUGUCUGGCUUGGAGUGCAGACGACCACCGGUGGCCAGUGUAUGGAAGUACUGCUUACUGCCAUCUGGCCAAGCUUUGCGAACAUCUCGAAUCACAUUGGAGCUGAUCAAGGCAUUACCACCAAGGGAAUGGUUGCCUUGCUUCUUUACUUCCUCCUCCAGCUGCCGUUCCUGUGCAUCCCCUAUACCAAGGUUCAAUACUUCUUCGCCUUCAAGAGUGUCAUUGCGCCAGCCGUCUUUCUGGCGGUCUUCGGAGACACGCUUCGCAAGGCUGGAGGGACGAUUAGCCACAGCACCGUCAUCACAGACGGACCGCACAUCGGCGGCUCAGUCCUCGCCUGGGCUUUCUUCCAGAAUCUCAAUGGAGUCCUGGGCAACUACGCAACUCUCGGAUUGAACAUUGCUGACUUCAGUCGAUACGCCAACAAGCCCAGCGCACAGAAUGUGCAGGCUAUUGUCAUCCCCGUCAUUUUCACCAUCGUCGGGCUCUUGGGCAUCUUUACCGCUGCAGCCGCGCAGACAGCGUACGGUCAAGUCAUGUGGAACCCGAUCAAGAUCAUCGAGCUGUGGCUUGAAUCCGGCUCGCACGCUGCCCGCGCUUCUGCCGCAUUUGCUGCGAUUGGGCUCAUCAUCGUGACCUUGGGAAUCAACAUCAGCGCCAACUCGAUCAGUGCUGCCAACGAUCUCAUGGCCUUCUGUCCCAAGUACAUCAACAUCCGUCGUGGACAGAUCUUGGCUGCCAUCAUUGGUAGCUGGGCCUUUGUUCCGUGGAAAAUCCUCGCAUCCGCUGCCAAGUUCCUCGCUUUCCUCAGCGGCUACACCAUCUUCCUCGGUCCCAUGACCUCCAUCCUCAUUACCGACUACUUCAUCAUCCGACGAGGCAACGUCUCCGUUCCUGACAUGUACAACUUCCACGGCAUCUACCGAUACUCACCCAAGUUUGGCUCCAACUGGCGUGCAGUCGCUGCCUUCUUCAUCGGCUGCAUCCCACCGCUGCCUGGGUUCGUCAACUACAUCCAGCAAUCAGCCAACGAGACAACAAGCGUCUCCCUCGGUGGCCAGCACCUGUUCGCCAUCGGCUACAUCUACUCGUUCUUCGCCGCCGGAGUCUUCUACUGGUUGUUCAACCGAUUCUUCCCUCAUCUCGAGUCGAAGAUGGAUUAUCCUGAAACUGGCGAGGACAUCAUCGCAGCCAAUGAUGCAAAGAACGUCGAAGAGCGGCGGGCGAGCUUUGCCGAAGGCCACAAGCCAAACAUUAUCAGCCGAGCAUUCCAUGUUUGA